AUGCAGCCGAUACAACGCAUGCCAACCAUGCCGUUGGCACCGAUUUCACGAACUUGGCGAUCGCAACAGGUCUUGCGGAAGUGGCAAGUGAAUGGGUUGUUGAAUGGGAAUGGGCCGGGUUCCGUGGUCAGUUCAGCCCUUUCCCUUCCCUCUGCGGCAUUCAUCGCGUCCAUUGCAUCCAUCGCUGUCCCCAAAUCUGUCCAGCGACAGUCAAACAAAUCUGAUGGGUUCCAGCUCCGAGAAAUUUUCAAAGAUGUUGAUUUUCCUGAAGAAUUCGGUGGACGGCAAAGGAUUGAAUAUGCACUUUGGCUGGCAUGGAGAAGAAUGGGAAAUCCUAAACCACCAGCGAAAGAGGUCAAGGAAUGCUUUGCCUUCUUUAAUGCUUGUUCCAAACAACUUGGGCGGCGACAGAUUCUGGUCGAUGCAGCAGGAGGCCAUGGUGGAAUCGCGUUGGUUUUUCGAGCUUUUCGCAAAGUGGAGAGGGCGGUGGUUGUGGACCUCUACGAGCCCCAGAGUUUUGAGAAUCUCCGGGCUGCAUGGCUGCCAGAUGAAUCUCCAGAAGUGGUGCAAUUUCGUGCUGGUGACAUCAGCGAAACUGGUUGGUUGGCCUCUUUUUUGGAGAAGGAAGAAGUGGAUGCGAGCCAAGUGAUGGUGGUGGCUUGCCAUGCUUGCAGUCUGCUUUCAGAUGAGUUGAUACGUGAAUGCGUGGAGUGCAAGGUGGAAUUUGCCAUCAUGCCAUGUUGUCAGGGAGAGGAAAGUCGCAAGGGCAUGAUGAUGCUGAAUACUGCGAAGAACCUGAACAUACCGCAUGGGACACUGAUCGAUAUUGCCCGACUUGGCGUUAUUGAAGCAAGCCCGGGAUACAAAGCAACCAUGAAACGUAUUGAUGAAAAUAUCACACCCCAAAAUCGCAUCUUGAUUGGUCUUCGUGAAACAACUGAAGAUAUUGAGAGACGACAAUCUGACAAACAACGUUUUUUGCAGAAGAUGGCGAGAAAGUACAGACACGUUGCGUGGCGCCCAGGCCAAAAAAAUCCUCACAAUUUAGAUUGCUCUGAGGCCAGACAAAUGGCAGCAGUUGAUAUUCAGGCGUUUGAAGCCAUCGACAAAGCAGAAGAGGAUCCACCAGACGAUGAACAUGAACAUGUGGAAGUGCCGCGGGUGUCUCAGCCCAAUAGCCGUGUACAGUCCAACUGCGAGACCGCGUCCAGUGGAUGGAGCUGGGCGGAAGCACUGUUUUUCAAGGCCAACUGCGUCUCCGCGAAGGGUACCUUCUGUGCCACGCACACAGAGGACCUGUGGCGCAAAAGUUCAAAUGCUGCACCUCUUCCAUCGGUCGCCUUAGAAGGACCAGCAGACUUGCCAAAGUCUCAAGCUGUUGCGAUACUACCGCUGCAAAGGAAGAGGCCUUCGGGGGAAUCAACGGAAUCAACCACAGGGUCCAAUUCCGUGCCGAAGGAGAUGUCCAAGGCGCGCCACGCCAUCGCCCGAGAAUCUCUGCUACCUCCGGAUGUCCCAGCAGAUGCACGCUGGGACUUGUGGCCUGCCUUGCCCAUAGCUCCAUAUGAACGUCGACGCACCAUUCUGCAGGAGUACCUUCCAGGGGAGCUUUGGGGUCUCGAACAGAAGCUGGGUCUUCUCUAUGUGCACGUGCCCAUCCGCAUGACAGUUCUUCGCCUGAACGACGGAGGCUUAUUGGUUCACGGUGCCGUGGCACCAACUCCCGAGUGUAUCUCCAUGUUGCGGCAGCUGGAAGCUACGCAUGGCAAAGUGCGGUUCUUGAUUUUACCAACUGUCGCUGUUGAGCACAAAACCUUUGCUGGGCCUCUGGCUCGUCAACUUCCAGAGGCUGAGGUUUGGUAUGCUCCAGGUCAAUAUUCGGUACCAUUUCAGCUGCCUUUGGAAUUUCUGGGCUUUCCUUUGUCUCGCCUCCAUGAACUGCCACGAAGUAGCAAGGGUGCGGACUUGCCAUGGGGCUCUGAAUUAGAGCACGAAGUGCUGGGCCCCGUGGGCAAGGACCCCUCCACUGGGGCUUUCUGCGAAGUGGCCAUGUUUGUGCCACGACUUCGGUUGCUGCUACUGACAGAUUUGCUGAUCUCAAUUCCAAGGUCGCCUCCUGAUAUUCUACUGGAGGAUCCUCGACCUUUACUCUUCCAUGCCAGAGAUGGUCCGCUUGAGCCGAUCGAAUCUGAUUCCCAAGCCUUGCAACGAGGAUGGCAGAGGAUUGUGAUCUUCUCCCUUUUCUUCCAGUCGGGCGCCAUCAACGUCCAAGGCGUUGGCGAAGCGUUUCAGGAUGCGUCCAAGUCCUUGGCGCCCGAGUUGGGAUGGGCAGGUCUCCUGCCCUGGACCUAUCGAGAGGACUGGCAACAGGCCUUUGAAGCUGUCAGUGGCGGUGUGCUGGUGCCGCCCAUUUUACAAGCGCUGGUGCUGAAUCGAGGGGAGCGUGAUGCGCAGGUCUUGCGGAAGUUUGUGGAAGACGUUAGCCGCUGGCCCUUCGAACGGAUGCAGUCCUUGCACUUCGAUGGCUUGACGCCCUGCGGACCUGGGGAGUGGACCAGCGCCUUUCGACGCUUCCUGGACGAACCCGUUCUGCCCUUUGGCACCCUGGGACCUGCGCCAAGGGGGAAGGAUGCAUGGCCACCAGGGCAGUUUGGUGAGUUUGUUGAAGGGCCCUUAGGCUUUGUCGUGGCCCGACCGGGAGCCAUACUCCAAGCCUUUCGCCUGGCCAAGCUGCAGGCUCUGUUGAUGAGCUACCGACCUUCAACUGCCUUUGAAGUCGAGAUUGAGGACUUGAGGGCUGAACUGGACGAUUUGAGAGGUGAGGUGAUUCGCUUGAAGCGUGAGAUAAGGGAGCUCAGGCGGGCAGUUGCCGCAUCUUCUGAACUGGGCGGCGGAGAUCGUAGUGAUUCAAGAGAGGUGAGCUACUCCGACAGCAGAGCUCCUUCUCAGAGGUCCCCGCAUUUCUCGCCUCAGCAAUCCCCUGUGCCAGAUAGGGCACCAUCUGUGGCUGAAACCAACGGACCCACUACACCUUCAAAUCCGGGCACUCCUUUGACCUGGAUUGAGCGUGAGGAGAUCUGUGACGAGAUUGGGCGGUUUAUUGCCCGCAGCUUGGAAGGUACCCAUCGAGGCUCCAGUGGCCGUGACAAGCUUCCUUUUUCGAGCCGAAUCUGGCUUGUGGCAAGGGAUUUUGAGGGACAGAUCUACACACCUGUGCGAGUUUUUCGCACUUGGACUUCAGCAAAGCGCCUGGUGAAACCCAACAACCUGGACCCGGGUGACAGCGUGUUUGUUGGGCUCCCCUCGGAGCGAGAGGCUAAGCGGGUCGUGCACAGUGGUGCGGUGGAAGAGUGUUAUCCCAUUGGCCUCUGGAUAGUUGAUCCCGAGGCUGGCUGUCCCAGUGUGCAAGUAAUUCAGAUUUGCGUUUUUGAAGGAAAGCUUUUGGUUGCCAUCCCCUUUGCUGCUUGGAAUCGCGCUGUGUCGAAGCGCAUCAUCCCUGCGGGUGCCUUGUCGAAGCCUACGUUGAUUGAAGUGCAGGCCGCAGAUUUGGAGAACCCUUCAGUUCCGCUGGACGACCAGUUCCUUAAGCUAUGGGUCGGAUUUCUACGACCAGAGUAUGCAGACUUGCUGGAGAUUGUGGAGGAGGCGGACUGCGACUUCUGCUUCACUGUGGGCGAAGUUCAAGCUCGGCCCUAUGCUCCAGGGCUGGUGGGUUUGGCUCAGGAGCACUUCGCAUUCUUCUCGGCGGACGGUGUCGACGGAGCCCCUCUCAGCGGCGGCCACCACAACGACAGCGAGCUGCUCGAGGAGGGCGAUGCUGGUUCCCCUCUUAAUGCCCGCACUGGUCGCUUGGAGGAAGCCCUUCACGACAUCACCAAGGAGAUGAAGAAGUUGUCAUCUGUGAAGCCGCAGACUGUGCCGAAGCGGAAGGCAAAGUCGAAGUCGCCGGCUGGAGUGUCAGCAAAACGGCGUGCUGGGCCGACUUCCGAGUCCCUGGACAUCAAGGAAAACCUCCAGCAGAUGCAGCAGCUCAUGGCUCGUGGGAAGCCUGCUAUGAAGGUGAAGGACAUGAAUCCGAACCUGGCGGUGGACGACGCUCUUUCAGAGGAUGACGUUGUCCCGGCCGAAGAAGGCCUGCAAGGAUCUGGCUUGGGAGAAGAGUGCGACCCGCUUUCGACGUCGCUUGAGAAGCUCACAGCUAUUGUCGAAAUCUUGUCGGAGGAGAAGAAGAAGAAGGCAGCAUCAAGCAGCCUUGACAAUGCCCUCGAUGGUUCCUACGGAUUGUCCGGAGAUGCCUCUGCAGUGCAAGCUUCUGGCAAGAAGGCGGCUGCAGCCAGGAGGAGCCUACGAGUUGCAUUCGAACGCAGCCCUCAAGAGAUCUACGCUUUGAUCGAGCGGCUCAUGCAAGAGGACCUUAGCUCGCAGACGUUGGGGCCCGGACAGCAUCCAGUAGGCCUCAAUGCGAGGGCCUGGACCGAGUUUCGGUCGAGGAUUGGAAACUACAGGACCAACGUUUACUGCUCUUGGAGUGCAGCUGGGAUCCUCGACUCGCUGACAGCUGGCGACACUGCGAAGGCAAGAGCGAGGGCCUGUUUGCUUCUCUUGAUGCUCGACCAGGCCUCCAUCGACUCUGGAUCUUGGACUUUGGCGGGCGAGCUCUCCCUGGAAGGGGCUCCCCCCUUCUCCUCCUUCGCAAAGCAUACGCAGCCUGCUGUGCGAGAUGGCGAGAGCCCUUUUUCUCGCCUGUUGGAUCCGAGGUGGGCAGAGCUGGCAAUGAUUCACUUGGAGGACACCGAGAAGUACCUCACCAAACGGAAAGCUUUGGGAAGGACGCCACAGCAGCAGGGCCAGAAAGAAAGCAGCACCGAGGAAGGCGCCAUGAUGGUGUUUUCUGCUGGUGAUGGCAUUGGUGAUGCGGCUCCUUUGAGGCAGUGGUCAGUGGUCAAAAUGUUUGUGCACUUUACAACUGAUGGCAAUACACCAGAAUUUGUGGACGCAGAUUCCAUGGGGCGCGCUGCUUCAAAGAUUGAGGGCUUCAAAGGAAGUCUGGACGACUCUGAAUUGAAGUGCAGUGUGGAUGUUGGCUGCGUUGAUGCUGAGGUUGACUCCAAUGUGAAGUCACUGAUUGCGUCACGAGCUUGGAUGAUGUCGGUGUGCCUCCUCGAGUUCAUGUCAGAGCCUCUGGUAGGGAAGGAUCGAGCUGUUUCAGAAGAUGGCGAACUGCGGCCUGCUACAGUCGCUGGCCUGCGAACAUGGUCGACCGUGGGCAGAGCAAAUGGUGCGCUGCAAUGGCGAGCGCAUCUGCCCUCAGCUCCCUUUGCGCUGGCCCACAGCAUGUCUUGGUUUGUGAUGGUGAAGGCCUUAAGGACUAUUUCUUCCGGCUUGUUGUCAAUGAGGAAAGAACUGCAGAUUGGUGCUGUGGUUGAUUACCUGGUUAUGCUGGAGCAUGUCCUUCGCACCGACUAUGACAACGGGCUUGGGGAGGAUGAGCGCUAUGUGAGCGGUUUGAGGCUGAAAGCGGCCUCUGAUGGGUACGCGGCUGCAAAGCUUGUCAAUAACCCCAUGAAGCCCUGUCGAGGUGAAGCCUGCUCCAAAUUUUGGGGCUUUUGCAUAGACGGCAGCAAGGGGCUCCUUUGCGCCAGCCAACGCAGGUUAUGGCCUUGCAUUGUCAUCACCGUACGUGUGGAGGCUCUUGGGCUAUGUACGGUUGGACUGCUUGAUAGCUUAGCUGGAUUUUGGGUUUCGUUGUUAGGAGUGCGGAGACGGCUCUACAGUGCCAUGGAGCUGUUUUCUGAACCCCUUGCCACUGAGCUCACCAUGAGAGCAGUCACAUGCCUGUCGCCAAACAUGUUGGCGGAGCUGACCUCCUUGGAUGUUUUGGGCACACUAGGGGACGAUGACCUGCGAGCUGGAUUUGCUGACUUUGUGAUCGCUACUGAUGCGAACACUCAAUGGAUGGCUGCUUUCACGCCUUCGAUGGCGCCUGAAAUAACCCAUGAGCUUGCAAGGCAUAGCUUGCGAAAAGGGAUCUGGGCGAAACUGUUCCCUCGUGGAAAUGCUCUGCUGAGAGAACACGGCAUUUUGGCCGAACAUGAUGAGGUGCCCAAGGAUGGCUUCAGGUCACACCCACUUUGGGACCUGAUCGCCAGAGCUUGGCCCUACCGUGAGUGCUGGUGGCGAAGAAUUAGGCUUUUGACCGCUGGAUGGCGACAGUUGGAGCUCUUGGUGGUGCCAGUGACUUGCCUCUUUGCUGCCUUUGUGGUAUCCGAUGCUGCCUUGGCAGGCAGCUUGAGAAGGGAGCCCACGCCUGCGAGAGCUCCCUGGGUUCUAUGCUUUGAGAUCUACCACAGUGAUGCUGAAGGUCUUUUGAAGCCGGAAGUUUGCCACCUGGCGUUUGACCUUGUGCGGCUACAUGCAGUACUUGCUUGCGCGGCCGCGCCUGUGUGCUCCAGCUUCUCUGUGGCUGUCACGCCACCGGUGCGAAGCGCCAAGCUUCCACGUGGCAUGCCAGGGCUACGCCUUACUAUGAGGCAGAAGGUGAAGGAUGCCAACUUUCACAACGAUUUCCUUGCUGACCUCGUGUGCGAGUUGGAGACCGAAGGCCACACGGAUCGCGAAUACGCGAUUGGUUGGCCGAACGAUGCCGUGCUGUGCGCUAGUUUGCGGCCAGGUGAGUCCAUGAACCCUGGGCCCAGAACUUUGGGCCCCUCAUACCGCCCUCCCUUGGGCAAAGCCUUCUGCCUGUGGCCUUGCUUGGUGUUGCCCAACUACUUGGCAGCCGACGGCAUUGCAUUGGUUGGUCUACGUGGCGUCUACUUCGCCUACCAGCCCUUUGUUGCAUUCUGCUCUGCUGCUGCUUUGGGCGAAGCUGAGCAGCUGUUCGACAAAGUUAAAGAACAGAAGGGGGCCUUGGACCGAGAGGUGGCGUCAGCUCUCGCCAAGGCCCAGGAAGGCCGACAACCAUCUCCAGCAAAUCAUCGGACCCUGAAAUUCUACCCGCAGCCGGCUGAUGAUCGAUCAGCGAGAUUGGUCGAUGUCAUCGAGCACGGCUACGAGGUGCUCAUCGUCCGGAGAGAACCGUCUCCGACGCCCAAGUGUCCAGCGGAUAUGUUGCAAACACCGAGAAGCAACCAUUCAGGAGAGCUCCUGAUUCCGGUGGCUGCAUCGCCGGUCAGUGGUGAAAAAGAGGCCCGAGCCAUGGCUGCAGACAUGGCUUCAGUCAUCGCACACAACAAGGCUGGAGUGGUGAUCAAGAACACCUUUCUCGAGGUGGGAGAUCAAAUCUCAAAUUUUCAUGACUGGCGAAGGCAGAUGUCAGAGCCCGUGAAAAUUUACACCAGUGUAGAUCCCGAUGAGGACUACGAUGAAGCCGAAGAGGGUGAGGCAGAGGUUCCCGAAGAGAUGCCUCCGCUGCCCUUUGCUAUGGCUCCACCUUCGACCUCCUCGACACAUCCAGGGUCAGGGCACCUUCAACCGACUAUGGGUGUGUUGGAUCCUGGUGCUUUGCCACAAUCCCCUGGCUUUGAGGCUUCGCCACCACCAUAUGUGCCACGGCAAAGCAGCCAGGUCAAGGAGCAGAGUGCAAAUAAGGUGUCGCGCCAGGGACCAGGCAUCAACGCGUUGAAGAACAAUGACAUCACCAGCAAGGAACCACCUUGGAAUGAUGUAACAACGGUGAUGAUGAGAAACCUGCCCAACAAGUACAGACAACAGAUGCUGUUGGACGAAUUGGCGGACGCUGGUUUCCGAGUGCAGUCCGACUUUGACUUUUUCUACCUUCCGAUGGACCACAGCAAUGCUGCAAAUCUUGGCUAUUGUUUUAUUAACUUCACGGAGCCGGCCUUGGCGAACUCCUUCGCCGCAGCCUUCCAGGGCAAGAAGAUGCGACGCUUCAACUCCCACAAAACGGUGGUGGUGAUGCCCGCCUCCAUUCAGGGAUAUGACAGGAAUUACAAGUACUACUCCUCGACUAGAGUCGCACAGGCUGAGGAUCCGGCUUACCGGCCUCUCUUCCUCAGACAUCCUGACGACUCUCAGGACAGAAAAGGUGCUGGUCGAGGGGGCAAAGGCGGAGACAAAGGGCGUGGCAAGAAGGGCUCCAAGGGCUCCAAAGGACCUCAAGAUGGGAAGGGAGUGGAGGCUUUUGGACGCCUUGCCUUUAUGGGCCUGGAAGACCCUAAUUCACAGGGAGAGUGGUCUAUGGCGACGGAUCAGAUGCCGUGGCAGCCGCAAAUGAUGCCAGCUCAGUUUCCGGGCUGCGGCGGCUGCGCAGCCCCCUGCGCAGCUCCAUGCGGGGGUCGAAGCGGCAACACUGUGACCUGCACAAACUGUGGCAACGCAUGCUCUGCAGAACACAGGUUCUGUUCGGGCUGUGGGAAUCCCGUGAAAGCCGGAACAGGUGGUCUCGGUGCAGGUGGUCCAACUGCCAUGGGAAAAGGUGGUCCUUGUGCAGGACCGCCCAUGAAUGGGGCCAUGAUGCCAUCGAUGGCUGGUUGCCCUGUUUGGGGCUGCUGCCCCUGUCCGAUGAAUAUGCGAGCGGAUGCUCCAACGUUCAUGCCAGUUAUGGGAGAGGAUGAUGGCAACCAGCAGCAGACGACUCCCCAGAUGACCGACUCGGUGAACACGGAGCUUGAUGUGAUGCGUGGACGUUUAAUGUUGAUUGCUGCACUCAAGGAUAUCGAGCAGAGAGACUCCGAGAACGCUCGUGGAAAAGACGAGAAUGUCGCUUGGUUGGCCUGA